AUGGAGGCGGAGGCGCGGGCGCUGCGCGCCGCCGGGGGCUUCGGCCGGGCCCGGCGCCUGCUGGCCGCCGCCUCGUGGCUGCCGUGCGUGGGGCUGGGGCAGGCGCCGGGCCCGGGGCCGCCGCUCACCGCGCUGCCGCCGCACCACUGCCGGCCCGACCCCGCGCUGCUGCCCCCCGCGCUGCUGGACGCCAGCGCGCCCCGAGCCCCGGCCUGCUGCUGCGCUGCCCCGAGCCCGCGGCCCUGCACGCGCGGCCGGCACUACGCGCUGCCCGGUCUCCGCCGUGCGCCCCGGCCCGCGGCGCCCCGCUCCCCUCCCUCCGCGCCCUGCCCGCACACGGGGCCGCAGGGGCCCCGGGAGGCGGGGGCCAGGCCUACUGGCGGCACCUGCUGCCCGCAGCGCGCCAGUGUGGGCGGGCGGCCUGGAGGAAGAGGCGUUCGGUGGACUUGGAACGGCUGGAAGGUGCCCCUGGAGCAGAUGAGCCACCGCCUGGGCUGGCUGCUGGGCUCGGUCCUCCUUGGUGCAGGCUGUGACCAGUUUGGACGUCGGGCUGUGUUUGUGGCCUCCCUGGUGCUGGCCACAGGCCUGGGGGCCAGUGAGGCCCUGGCCGCCAGCUUUCCUACCCUGGUGGCUCUGAGGCUGCUUCAUGGGGGGGCCUUGUUGGGCUUUGGCCUGGCCCUGUACGUGGCUUGUCUGGAGCUGUGUGACCCCCCUCACCACCUGGCAUUCUCCGUGGCGGGUGGCCUCUUCUCGGUGCUGGGCACCCUGCUGCUGCCCGGCCUGGCCCUGCUUGCGCAGGACUGGCGCCUUCUGCAGGGGCUGAGCGCCCUGGUCACAGGGCUCUUGCUCCUGUUCUGGGGGUUCCCAUCGCGGUUCCUAGAGUCUCCCCGCUGACUGCUGGCCACGGGACAGCUAGCCUGAGCCAGGAAGAUCCUGGGGCACUUUGCGGGAGCCGGGGGCAUGGACCCCGAGGACAGCUCGGAGGAGGAGAGCUCCCUGGCUACGGGUAACGCACCAGCCAGGAGAAGGGAAGAGAAGGCUCGGCCUCUCACGGGCGCCCCUCCUGUCCCUGGAGGCACAGAACUGGAUAUGCCGGCUGCAGGGGGCCCCCAGCCCCAGUACCACUCUGUCCUGGAACUCCGGCACACCUGCGUCGCCUGGAGGAACGGACUCAUCCUGGGCUUCAGUUCGCUGAUGUGCAGGGGCGUCUGGGCCAGCUUCCUGCGCAGCCUGACCCCGAGGGAGCCCACCUUCUACCAGCCCUACUUCCUGGGCGCUGGCCUGGACGCAGGAGCCAGCGUGUUCCUGCUGCUGACCGGGGACCGCUGGGGACGACGCCCAGUCCUCUUGCUGGGCGCCCUGGCCAUGGGCUUGGCGCCCCUGCUGCUCCUAGCCGGGACCCAGUACUUGCCAGAAUGGACCCUGCUGUGCCUCUCUGCCCUGGGCCUCCUGGCUUCCCAGGCCGCGUCUGCCGUCAGCGCUCUCCUGGCCGCAGAGGUCCUCCCCACGGUGAUCAGGGGGGCCGGGCUGGGCCUCGUCCUGGGGGCCGGCUUCCUGGGCCAGGCGGCCGCCCCCCUGGCCGACCUGCUGGGCCGGCGCGGCUUCUUCCUGCACCACGUGGUGUUCGUCUCCUUCGCGGUCCUGGCGCUGCUGCUGCCCGAGAGCCGCGGCCCCGCGCUGCCCGUGUCGCUGCGGGACGCCGACCGCCUGUGCCGCGCCCCGCUCCGCCGCCCGGGCCCAGCCGGCCUGCCGCCGCUGCUGCCCAUCCCCUGCACGACGGGGCAGCCCCCCGCCCAGGAGAGCUGA